GUGGCUAAUUGUCGAUUCAAUUUGUAGGCGGGAGCCGGUUAGUUAGUAAUUUUAAAGUUCGAAUAGCUGGCUGUUUAUACAUUAGCGCUUCGGUUGUCAUGGAUGUUGGGGAGCUUUUGAGAUAUCAGCCGGACAGAGGGGCCAAACGACCUCGAGAAGAGGAAGGGGAUGAGGACCCGAGGGCCAAGCAGAAGCCUUCAUCUGGCCGUGAGCAUGUCCGACACCAGGAGGGUGAUGAGGACAGUGAGGACACCGGCGCGGACAAGAAAAAGGUUCUGGAUAAGCUUAUGGACCAUGACGAAGACCAAGAGGCUGAACCGCUGGAUGAGAGCUCUGUGAAGAAAAUGAUUCUGACCUUCGAGAAAAGGUCGUACAAGAACCAGGAGCUGAGGAUUAAGUUCCCAGACAAUCCAGAGAAGUUCAUGGAGACGGAGCUGGACCUGAACGACAUCAUACAGGAGAUGCACGUAAUCGCCACAAUGCCCGACCUCUAUCACCUGCUGGUGGAGCUGAAUGCCGUCCACUCGCUGCUGGGGUUGCUCAGCCACGAGAACACAGAUAUCGCCAUCGCAGUGGUGGACCUGCUGCAGGAGCUGACAGAUAUUGACACGCUUCACGAGAGCGAGGAAGGCGCAGAAGUUCUCAUCGACGCCCUGCUGGAAGGACAAGUGGUGGCCCUGCUGGUGCAGAACAUGGAGCGGCUGGACGAGCAGGUGAAGGAGGAGGCAGACGGCGUCUACAACACGCUGGCCAUCAUCGAGAACAUGGCAGAGUUUCGACCUGACCUGUGCACUGAGGCCGCCCAGCAGGGCCUAAUGCAGUGGCUGCUGAAGAGAAUCAAGGCGAAAAUGCCAUUCGAUGCCAACAAGCUCUACUGCAGUGAAAUCCUGGCCAUCCUGCUGCAAAACAAUGACGGCACCAGGGAGCUCUUGGGGGAACUGGAUGGCAUUGAUGUGUUACUGCAGCAGCUCUCUGUGUUCAAGCGACACAACCCCGCCACAGCAGAAGAGCAGGAGAUGAUGGAGAACCUGUUUGAUUCUCUGUGUUCCUGCCUGAUGCUGGGAGCCAAUCGGGAUCGCUUCUUGAAGGGGGAGGGGCUCCAGCUCAUGAAUCUCAUGCUCAGGGAGAAGAAGAUGUCCCGCACGAGCGCCCUGAAGGUCCUGGACCACGGCAUGAUUGGCCCAGAGGGCUCAGACAACUGCCACAAGUUCGUGGACAUCCUGGGCCUGAGGACCAUCUUCCCUCUGUUCAUGAAGACACCCAAGAAAAUGAGAAAGGUGGGGGUAUCGGACAAGGAGCACGAAGAACACGUGUGUUCCAUUAUAGCCUCGAUGCUGAGGAACCUAAAAGCCCAACAGAGAUCAAGGCUCCUCAACAAGUUCACAGAAAACGACAGUGAGAAGGUCGACAGACUGAUGGAGCUGCAUUUUAAGUACCUCGAGGCAGUGCAGUUGGCUGACAAGAGGAUCGAAGGGGAGAAGCAUGACAUGGUGCGUCGGGGCGAGAUUAUCGACGACGCCAUGGAAGACGAAUUUUAUUUGCGUCGCCUGGACGCCGGGCUGUUUGUGCUACAGCUGGUGUGCUACAUCAUGGUGGAGAUUAGCAACGCGGGUAUUCCUCAGCUACAGCAGCGGGUGCAUCAGAUCCUGAACCUGCGCGGCGGCUCGGUCAAAGUGGUCCGUCACAUUAUGAGAGAGUACAUGGAAAACCUUGGUGACGGAAAGAGCGAGGAGUUCAGAGAAAGUGAGCAGAAGAGGAUCAUGGAGCUGCUCGAGAACUUCUAGCCCCCGACAAGGUGGACAGCUGGGGAUUCUGGGACAAGUUUUGGCAGCGCCCCCCCCCCACACCAGGAGCCCUGAGAGAGGGGAGGCACAUGAACUUAUUGAACGCCUCAGGAACUGGAGGUGGUUAAAAAAAGAAACUAGGGGUUGGCGGUUGGUGUAAAAAAAAAAAAAAAAAAGACCUUUUUGUGCUUUUUGUUUUUAGGACUUUUCUUGCAGUAUACUUCUGCAGUUAUUUUGGUUUCCUUGGUGUA